GGCAACCUCGGUGGAGCGGGCCCAGAAGAGGCUAUACGAGAUCGAUCCGAAGUACAGGACGUCGGUCGACAAAGAGCGCCAAGAGGAGGAGGAGCACUGCGCCAAGCAGGGCGCGGCGCUGGCCCGUCUCUUGGGCCAGAAGCUCGACUCCCUCAUCGAGGGGCAACAGAGGGCGGGCAGCGCGGCCAGCAGUGGCCAUAGCGGAUCCGCCGCUCCCCUCCAGGUACCAGCCGGAGAAGCGACCACCCUCUCGCCUGCGGCGCUCCAGCAGAUCGCCAACGCAGUCACCGCCAAGAUCGGGGCCAAGAGCCGCGAGGACGACGAGCCCGAUGGCGCGAAGACGCCCCCGGCGGAGCUCACGACUGCACAGGCGGAGUGGUUGCAGUCGGUGUUCUCCGGCCCCAAGGUGAAGAAACCGCUUGUCCUGCCGAACAAGAACGUGUCCACCGCCACGGCCGAGAUCAAGAACCGCCUCGCGGACCGCCCCUUCAACCUGAAGGCCCUUGGAGCCUGCCCUGACUUCGCCGAGCCUGGGCAUCCUGGGCCAGACCAGGGGAGUGUGAAUUCUGGGCUCAACUGUGUGGCCGCGGGCAAUCACAACGUACUCUACAUAGUCUUCGGGGCUGGCUAUGUCACGGGAUGCGUGUGCCCGUGGAGCUUCGUGGCUGAGAAUCCCCAUGUCAGCGUGGUAAAAAGCUGGUGGAACCUCAACGUAUGGCGACGAUCAGCCUGGGCAGAGGUGCAGCAGGGUGCAUACAUGGGCAUCCACAUGCUGAAGUCGUUCGCCCAGCUGGACGACGUGAGUCUUCCGGCUUUUGGAGAUCAG